UCUCGACUCUCGCAAAUUUCUGGUAUCUUAUCACAAUCGUGAUGGUAACACCGUCAUUCGUUACUUGUCAUUUGUUAAAGAUGGAAAAGGACAUUUGAAUUUGAAAUUAUUAUUUCUUAAAUUUUUAGGUCAUAAUUUUAAUAUCUAAAUAAAUAAAAAGUUAAAAAACCACAGUCACUUAAGUGUUUAAGUUCUUGGAGUGUUUCUAGCGUUCAAAAUGGCACAAUCAGUUGAUAAACGGGUAUGCAUAAUAGGAGCAGGAAUAGGAGGUCUGACAUCAGCAAAGUAUAUGAAAGAAGAAGGCAUAAACUUCACUGUUCUAGAAGCGACUAACUAUGUUGGAGGGACGUGGCGAUAUGAACCUAAAAUCGGCACUGAUGAUUAUGGAAUGCCUAUUUAUACUAGUAUGUACAAACAUUUGAGGACCAAUUUACCGAAACCAACCAUGGAGCUCAGAGAUUUCCCAGCUCCAGAUUCGUGGCCUUCCUUCCCAAGCUGGAAAUUGUUCUAUGAAUAUAUUAAAGACUACGCAAGACACUUUGAUUUGGAAAAACACAUAAAGUUUCUACAUAUUGUGACUUCAGUGAGGAGAGAAGGAAAUGUUUGGAAGGUGAAACAUAAACACAUUCCAAGUGGAGAGGAAUUUGUAGAAGAAUAUGACUUUGUUGUUGUUGGUACAGGACAUCACAGUAAACCUAAUAUGCCAAACAUACCAGGAGAAAGACUUUUUAAUGGUACAAUAAUACACAGUCACGACUACAGAGUACCAGAUGCUUACAAAGACCGUCGAGUACUCAUGAUAGGGUCAGGUCCUUCAGGAAUGGAUAUCAGUUUGGAUGUAGCUGAAACUGCAAAAACUUUAAUACAUAGCCACCAUUCUGUAGUGAACUUUAGAACACCAUUUCCCGCAAAUUACAUCAAAAAGCCUGAUGUGAAAGAGUUUAAUGAGAAUGGAGCGAUUUUUGUGGAUGGGACCUAUGAAGAUCUUGACGACGUUAUAUAUUGCACAGGUUUUGAGUACGACUAUCCUUUCAUAGACGAAACAAGCGGAUUGACGCUCUCAAAGCGUAGUUUGACUCCGUUACACAAUUACAUGGUGAACAUACACCAACCUACUAUGGUUUUCAUGGGACUCCUAGUACGAGCAUGUUUAGUAAUCGCUAUUGAUGCACAGUCUCAGUAUGCAACUGCAUUAUUCAAAGGAAAUUUCACUUUGCCAACCAAAGAAAAAAUGUUAGAAAUUUGGCAGAAACGAGUUGAAGCUAUCCGAUCUAAAGGCAAGCCUAUUUCACAUAUACAUUUCGUGGACCACUAUGAGGAUCAAUAUUACGAGGAAUUGACAAGAGAGUCCGGCAUACCGAGAGUUCCUCCAGUUAUGUUCAAAAUACGCAUCAAGGACACGGAAGCCAAGUUGGAGAAUUUCUAUACAUUUAGAGAUUAUGUAUAUACCAUUAUAGAUGAUGAAACCUUUACCAGAAAGUUGGAGAAAGGGAAGUGUAAUAAAUUGCAUUGCGAACCGUAAAACAUUUAGUUCCUAUAAAAACAAUUAUUUUUACAAUGUAGAACAAUAAUAGAAAUAAUAAAUAUUUACACAACACAAUGUACGAUUUAGUACAUUCGUACGUUAUGCCUUUGCAUGCAGUUGUGUGUUAAAAACUUGGUUGGCGCACUGUACAACGCAGCCUAAGACCUAAACAUCGAAAAGUUCAUUC